ACGUGUAAUUGGAUAUCGUGCAAAUAAAAUGAGGCAAGGAAAAUUAUCAGAGCUUAUUCAUUCAUCACAAAGAUGUGAAAACCUUGAUGUUUGUAAUGUGGCUGUGCAUUUUGAAGAAAUCCUUGAUAUGCAUGAUCCAUCUCAAUUGGUUAUCUCGCGUCAAGAUUUCGCAAUAAUGCAAGCAAGUAUUUCAUGCAAGUAUUUCAUUAAUGGACGACAAAGCAAUUACACCGAA